CGACAUUGCUUGAAUGUGCACGUGAACAGGACAGGGACUGAACAACAUUGAGACUCAAUGCAACAGUUGAUGCGAGGUCUGGUUGCAAAUGUUGCGGUUGCUGCUGUCGUUGUUGGUAUGGGCGGCGGGUGUUAUAGACUCGAACUACGCAGGAGAGAAGAGCCCCAAUGUUACCUGCGAAGAACUCGCCGGAACCAGCCCACGACACUGACGUCAUUUUGUAUCCUCCAGACCUGUUCAGAGUAUUGCCAGAGAGAUAAUCCGGCUGCUGAGCCGCCUCGUGAUUCGGGCAUAUGGAAGCGUCCUGGAAGCUCGGGGAUUUGAGUCAUGCGUAUUGCUGAUGGUCAUCGUCAAAAUUUCGAGCCUCUCUCAAUGCCCAUGUUCAUGAUCGGCCAAGGUCAUGCACGAUGACGGCGACAGGAACUUCGAUCGGAGCUGCGCGAUCAAUUGCGACAUGGUCAGCAGCGGUUGCUGUGGUAUCAUCA